AUGGCAUUGGGUACUGCAUUGGUCCUUUUGCCUUUUCGAGAUUCGUGCUCUUCGAGGAUCUUCACUUUAAGAGCAUCUGGAUUUGGCAGAUUGUCGCGGGAUUCAAUUGCACAGCGAAAGUUUUCCAAGCUUUCUUGUGUUGGGACCAGUUCUGCAUCUAGUCAUGAUCAAGUAGAUAUUGAAAAUCAUAACUUAUUUCAACAGAAAAUAGAAAAAUUAGAGCAAGAAAAGAGAGAUUUAUUGAAAAAAGUAUAUGAUUCUGCAAAAAACCAUAAAUUAGAUUUAAAUGAAGAUAUAAAAGGAAUUAAGAGCAACUAUACAGAAUCAGAAAUAAGGAAAUUACAAGAUGAAGUAAAUACUUUAAAGAAGAAAAAUUCUGAAAUGGAAUCUGAAUUGAGGAAGAUGUAUCAACAAAGAGAAAUAAUUAAUGGAAGACAAGAAUUAGAUUCUAUUCAAGAUGAUAAAUCUCUCCAGUAUAAAGAAAUGGAGAAAUCUUUAAGAUAUUUAAAGACAGAAAAAGAAGAUAUUCAUAGAGAUUUAAUAGAAGCACAAGAAAAAUUAAAAUUACAGAAUAAAGAAAUUAAGGAUGCUUUAGCACAAAGGAAACUUGCAAUGACUGAAUAUACUGAGAUUAGUGAUAAGUAAGAAACAUUAAAAAUUUUCAU